AGUAAAUAAUAAUAAUUCCUCGGUUUAUAGUAUUCUUAUUUAGUUUAGUUACUCGUAUACUUAAAUAGCAUUAAAAAAAGUCAAUAAUUAUUGUGCUUGAAGAAAAUAAGGAUCUAUAAUAAUAAUUAUGAUUAUCCGAUGUGCCCUAAUAUUGUUAUUUCUGAAUUGUGUAAGACCGACUCGCAAUAUCCAUAGAAAUGUAGUGGCAUCUAAUAGUGAUUUUGAAAGGAGCAUCUCCUAUUCUUAUUGGCCAUCAAUUCAUAAUGCUGCAAAGAUGAUUAAGGUGCACAAGAGGGAUGUACAGGAUCAGGUUAUAUCUGAAGGUCAGGUUGUUAAAAAACCAUCUGCAUUGCCGUCAACGGAACCUGUUGAAAAGAAGGAUCAGAUUACAGAUGAAAAAAAAAUUGAGGUGCCAAAAGUUCCAGAAAAUGUCACAAUUACAAAUGGAACAGGUGCAGCAUCAGUAAUAGUAAAUGAGAAACAUGAAGAGAAGAAUGUAACAACAAAAUUAAAAUCAACCCCAUUAGAUCUCAACAGUCCUGGAGUGGUGAAGAGAGGUCUAAUUGUCUUUGGUGGUUUUGCUCUAUUGGCAGUAGCUUAUUUUAUAUUUUACAGGACGAAAAUCGGAAAAGGCGACGCCGGCAAUAAUUUGAAUGAUUCGAACCAGUUUCGAUAUGGUGUUCUACAAUCGGUUGAUAGAAAGCAUAAUUUAGAAUUAUCCAGGGUGCCUUUGACAAUGGAGUCGGACGAAGACGAAGACGAAGAUAUGGAAAUAUUUGAUUUAGGCCAGAAGAAGAAAUCACUGUCGUAUGUGAACCUACAGACCAAAGAUGAAGAUAUUGUAUUGAAUAGUGCUACUGAAUCUGGAGCUGAUAAAGACAAUCUUCUAUUAGAUAUUGAGGAUGCCUCUACAGACACGUUGAUUAAUUGGUCUAAUAACGGUAAUAAGUCAAUAUUAUAAAUCUCCUUUGUAUAAAUGUUAUGACAAUAUGUAUUUAUACCCGUUUGUGAUUGUUGAAUAAUGAUUUAAAUAUUUGCAUUUAUGUUUUAUAUAUUUUUAUUUGCUUUUGAUUUUCUUAAUAUAACUGUUAGGUAUAUACCGCUAUCAUUGAUACACUUAUCAUAUUUAUUGAACUCAGUUCUUGGUAUAAUUGAGUACACGUACCUGUUUAAUAUUAGAUAAAAAAAAUUAAAGGUAAUUUUCAGAGAUUAUCAUGUGUACACAUUGAAAAUCUAUGAAUUGAUAAAAUUUAAGGAACUCGUGUGAAAUUAUUUUUGUUAUAUAAUAUAAUAACCACAAAAUAUCAAAAUACGUGUUACCACGUGUUAUUUAUUACAUUUCGAAUAUUAAUAGGCAUAUAUCUAUUUCUUAUUCCUGUUAGUUUCAUUUAGUUUAGUUUGCUGAAUAGUAGAACGUUCGUUCGUUAUCCUAACACUAUUACUAGUUGAUUCAAAAUACUACAAUUACAAUUUCUCCAGAUAUCCAGAAACAUAAAUAAUAUAUAAUUAAACCUUUAAAUUUAUAGUUAUAAUGUAUAUAGUCUCUGUGAAUCUAGUUUUUUUUUUUGUGAAAUACAUAUAUUGUUCCAUAAAUAUGUAAAUACCACUACAAAUAUCUUGAAUAUGUUAUGAACAUACUCACAAUGUUACUUAAAUUAUUACCAUAUUGUAAUUAUUCCAUAACCUAAACCAUUAAUUUUAUUAUCUAUAUAAAUUAGGAACGUAUAAUACAAUAGAAACAAACAUAAUAUUUUUGUUUUGAUAUGGAACAUAUAUUUACAACUCGAAAUGGUACAUUUUUGGUAGUGAUUAAUAUUGGUAAUUAAGUUACGUACACUGCACCUAAUUAUUACAGCAUAUUGUUAAGCAAGGACAUCUUAUUACCGUUAUAUAUACAUAUUUAUUGAGCUUUAAACACAUCGAAUAUUAUUUGGGAAUGUAAUGAUUGGAAAAGUUAGUUUGUAUUUUUAGGCAAACUAAUGUUUUUUCGUAUCAAUUCUGCCGUAAUGAAAAUAGUUCUAUAACUUUCUAUAUUCAAUGCAUAAAUAUAAUAGUAAAGUUGUAAUGAAUCUGCACGAACGAGGUUAUCAAAUUAUCGUCUAUAUAUAUAGUACUAUAUAUAUAUACAUAUAUUAGUAUCUCAAAUUAUCGUCUCGAAAUGGCUAGUUACAAUAUCAUAAAGUUUUUAGUGUAGAAUACUUAGAUUUUCAGUCAAGAUUGUAAUAUUUUUUUUAUUUUUUAUUGUUAAUCGUCUCAUUUCUAUUGGAAACUGUGUUGAAUUGGAAAUUAGUUUCAGUAAUGACUUAUGUCCUUACGAAUAUAUCUAGUUAAUAAAGAUUCUAUUGAGUUCAUAAUUAUUAUAACUAAUAUAAUAUAUAUUUCUUGAAUAAUAAUGCAAAUAAUAGUUAAGAUAUAGUGCCAUGUUUUUUUCUUAAAUCUUCUCAUAUUUUACAACUAAGAAUUUAGAUGAAAAUGGAAUACUUAAUAAAUCUAAAAUAUAAAACUAAAACUAAUGGCUAUAUAAUUGUGAAGUAAUUUCAUCGAAUUAUUCUCAACAGAAAUUAAACUAUAUUAAACUAUAUCAUAGGAGUUAAUCCACCUAUUUUGACUAAAAGUGUAUAAUGUACAAUAUAAAAAUAUUUUGUUACUUAAUUUAUUAAAGUGGUUACAUAGUAGCUUAAAGAAAGGAAAUAAAAGAAGAAAGAAGAAAGGAAAACAUUUAAGAUAUUUUUGAUUUACUUCAGAUUUGAUUUUUUAACAAACUUCAGACAAAAAUGUCAAUAUCACUUCUGAUAUUCAUUAUUUCUAAGGUACGAUAUAAAAUAUGCCUUCAAUGUACUUAACACUUGUAAUACAUUUUACUAAAUCAUUGUUUACUUAAUAUUAUUGUACAGAUUGUUGCAAUGUUUAUUACCUAUUCAAGCUUCUAUUAUAGUAUAUUCUUAAAUAAAGAUUGUAUAUAAAUUCACAUACAUAUAUACAUUAACAAAUAUAAUUUAUUAAAAGUAAAAAAAUAUCGUUACUUAUCACUGUAUUCUAAUAGAGUGACAUUAAUCAAAGUAAAGUAAGAGGAAUAAAGCUUUAUAUGUUCUUACAGUUCCUUACAAUAAAUUUGAUCGAAUGAAAAAUAAAAAUGUUACAUAAUUUUAAUGAGAACAUACUAUAUAGAUACUAUAUUGCUUAUUAAUUACUUGAUCACGCCUUUAAUAAUAUUCAUUAAUAUAGAAUAGGUAUUUAGGAUAAACUAAUUAAUACAGACAAGAUGGCGGGCUCUAUCUGGCAAAUAAUUGUGAGUACUUUGUUAUACUAUUUUUAAUAGGAACAUAAUAGCUUUUUAAAAUUACUAAUAGGUACAUAUUUACAUAAUUUUGUACUUACCCUUAUUGUAAUCGGCCAAUGAAAUAUUUUAGUAUUGCCUAGACUUCGAAUAUUAUUUUUUUUAUAAAUAAUUUUCAGUAUUUAUGACAUAUCUAAUAAUAAAUAGGUAUAUUUUCUUAAUAUAAAACACUAGUAAAUAUAUGUAGGUAGAACGACCACAGUGCAAAUUUAAAAGCAUGAAACUUGUAUAUUUUUAUGAACAAAAGGAAUAUCACAGAAUAGGUUUUGGUCAGAAUAUUUUAAUAGAUUUUUGGCCUUGAUUUGUAUUUGAACGUGUUGUUAAUGGUCAUUUUAUGUUCAAAACCUAACAUAUUAGCUGUUUUAUAUUGUAGAUAAAUCUCCUUAAAUAGAAAUAUAAUUUUGUUGUACUGUUGUGAUCAAGAUAACUUAAAUAAUAUUGUUUUGAGAAUAUUCCGGGCCGUAUAAGGCAAAUUUAUAUUUUUUUUAUUCAAGUACUAUAUUUAAAUGUAAAAAAUCAUAUAUUUAUGUACGACGUACGUAUCAUUUAUGCAAGUAAAAUUUUGAAUUUAUAUUUUCCCUACUGACCAGUUCAAGUAAUAAAUUCAGUUAAGAACUAGGUAGGCACUUUGUAUAUUACAACUAUUAAAUUGUACUUACACUUUAUUUAAUAUCAUAUCUGAGCAUUCCAUUACUCAGGUAUUUGUACUUCAGGUAAUCGUUUUCUAGUUGUUUUCAUCAUACACUAGAAGGCAGAUUUUUGUUCAAGAUGGGAAAUCUGCUAACCUGUUUUCCGCUGAAUACUUGAAUAUUGAAUUUAAUUCAGUAUAGUUCGAAACAAGUAUUUCCAUAGCAUUUAUAGAAACAGUUGUAUUGAACUAUUAUUUAAUGUCUAAAUCAUAUUUGCAGUAGAUCUUUAAAUACUUACAAAAAACAUAUCAGCAUUUGCACUAUAUUUAUGGAUAAUGAAUAAGUAUGAACCGUGAAUGAAAGUUGAGAGCAUAACGUUUUCUUAAAUACAAUAGUAAAGAUUGUUUGAUUGUUAUAUCCCAGGAGGCUUAUCAACAACUCGACUUACAAAAAACAAACUUUUGUUAAUAAUCAUAAGAUGCUUGUUUAAUAUUAACAGGUCUUGUAAAGGCCUAAAAACUAGUUAAAAGGGUCUAUUUUCUAUUCACUUAGCACUAUUUGUAUCUAUUGUUGUAAUUAUCACAACUUAAGCUUUGGACUGUGAUAAUAAACGAGAGAGUAAGUAAAUUAUUGUAUAAAUUAUAUUUUUUGUAACUUUCAUAUUUUUUGCAAAUUGUGAUUGUAAUGUAUUCACUCUCUGUCGUUGAUAGAACUAAAAUUACUUUCUAAUCUGUUAUUGAAGGUUGUUGAAGUGAUAUGUGUAGUUUCGAUAGAUAAGUGAAUAAGUAAGUAGGUAAGCAAGUUUUUGAAAAUAGUUUUCAUAACCAAAGCGUACUUGGCCUGCCAACGUUGUAACAGCAUUGUGAAGUGAGGUUGUUUCUAAUAAAGAUUACAAAUUUUAUAAAA